UGGUUGAUACCACAAUUUCACACUCCAUCGUGGCACUUCUCUCUCACCAGAGAAAUAGCUCCCCCGGCAAAGAGACCAUUGCAUCCAAACAAAUCUCGAAACCAGACGAUUUCUCGGCGAUCGGAAUCGAUGGCUGUCAUCGCUCCGGUUUCAUCUCCGGCGACUCACCACCGCACGCGAUUCCUCUCUCCCCUCAGUAUCCGCCGAGAACGGCCGACCUUCACCGUCGUCGCUAUGGCUCCCCAGAAAAAGGUGAACAAGUACGACGAGAGCUGGAAGAAACAGUGGUACGGGGCGGGGCUGUUCUACGAGGGCAGCGAGGAAGUAAACGUUGACGUUUUCAAGAAGCUCGAGAAGGGGAAAGUGCUGAGUAACGUCGAGAAGGCCGGGCUCCUCUCCAAGGCGGAGGAACUGGGCGUCACUCUGUCCUCUUUAGAGAAGCUCGGAGUGUUCUCCAAGGCAGAGGAGUUAGGUCUAUUAAGCCUGCUCGAGAAGGCCGCUGGCACGUCGCCUUCCGUGCUUGCCUCUGCCGCUCUCCCUGCAUUAGCCGCCGCCGUUGUGGCCAUUGUAGUUAUCCCUGAUGACUCUCUAUCGAACUGAGUCGUCUCUCCGACCGUUGUGGGUGGUGCCCUUGCCCUCGGGGCUACCGGUCUGUUUCUUGGAUCUAUUGUUUUGGGCGCCCUACAAGAAGCCGAGUGAUUCUUUUUUUUCCUUUUCUUUUUGUAGAACAACAACAACGUUAUGACGAAAUUCGGGUAAUUUUGUUCCAUGAUUCGAUCGGGUUUA